CUAUAUUUGAUAAAUUAAAAGAUAGAUUAGAUAUUCUAAAGACAAUAUUAAUCUGAGACGAAUACAAAUAUAAAAAAUUCAUAAUUUCUACUAAAAAACAAAAAUCAUAUUUAGGAAAUGGAAUAUCGUAUGGAACUUGUUUUUGAAAUUGCUGAUAGUAUUUUAUAUAAUAUUUAAAAUAACUCACUUUCUAUUAUUGACUAAGCCCCUUUAGCUAUUUAUGUAUUGAGAUAAUACAAUCUAGUUGUUUUAAAACUAGGCUAAUGGUAAUAUAGUCUUUCUUAAGAUCUUCCUGUUAUGUUUUUAGAGUCAUGCAAUAAAAAAAUGUAUGCAUUUCCAUCUAACUAAGGAAAUUUCGGUUUAGUUUUGGGACCUUAUACCACAUAAGAUUAAGAAUAGAUCUUGGAAAGCAUUUUUACAUAAUGUAGUGAUUUUGUAAUUGCUACUCCUUAAGAAGAAAAUUAAAACAUCAACAACAUCAAUUAAGACUAUUAAUAAUAACAAUAGCAACCACUUUCGACUUCUAAAUGGAUUUAGGGUUAUUUGUAGAAAGGUGGUGAUAUGAUUAGAACUGGAAUAAUCCUAGGAGGAAAUGCAAUAGCAUAUGGAAUAAAGAUAGGUGGAAGACUUAUAAAAUCUACAUUUUCUAAGCCUGAAGUAAAGGAAAUCGAUCCAUAAACUCUUUAAAAAGUUCAAAUGGCCCAUGCUACAUCUGAUUACAUUUUAACAUAUACAUAAUAAUAAUUAGAAUAUAUUUUGGAUAAUGCUAAAAGUAUUGGAUAAGAAAUAUUCUCAUAAGUAGCACAGUCAUAAACUGGAUAAUAAAUAUAAUAACAUAAAAAUUAUGCAGAUAUUAGAAAUGUAACUAAAGGCACUAUUAAUGCUGUAGCUUCAAUUUAUGAUGGAUUAUUUGAAUCAUUAGCAACAAUAGCUAGAGGAUUUUAAUCUACUACAACUUCUGUUGUAAAUGCAAAAUAUGGACAAUAGGCAGGAUUACUUGUUGAUCACUCAAUGGAUACUGUUGCAAAUAUAGGUAAUAUUUUCUAUUAAGUUAACCAGUAGGCUAGUAAAGCCGUUUAAGAAGCCUCUUAAAGCUAAAUCCGUAAUUUUUGA